GAUUGUUAAUAUGUCCCGGUUUUGGUUUGGGCAGUGUGUUAAGAUGAAAUAGAGGGCAAAUACAUAACCUGUGCAAGGCCUUGGAAGUGCAGUCAAUAGUAUAAAAUGGCAGAUGUGGUGGGUAUGUGGGAGGUGCCUCUCAGUGAUGGGAUUUACCAGAUUGAAUUUGAGCAUGGAACCACCACAGGGAAACGUGUUAUUUAUAUCAAUGGAAAGGAGGUCCUCAGAAGGGACUGGAUGUUCAAACUGGUGGGCAAGGAAACAUUUCCUGUUGGACGUACAGGCGCAAAAGCUACUAUAAAUAUCGAAGCACUUACCGGCUUUACUUAUGAGUACACUCUGGAAAUCAAUGGAAAGAGCUUCCAGACUUUUAUAGACAACUGGGCCAAAAUAUCCAAGACUUGGCUGCUGAAACUUGAUGGUGCUGACUGCAGGAUAGUUCUGGAGAAAGAUACCAUGGAUGUAUGGUGCAAUGGUCAAAAGUUGGAAACCAUGGGAGAGUUUACAGACGAAAGCACUGAGACGCACUUUGCAGUGGGGAAACAUGAGUGUUGCAUAAAAGCCACUGGCAGUGGGAAGAAAAGAAAUGGAGUAAUGCACACUCUGCUUGUGGAUGGGACAAAGGUCUUAUAACGAAGAGGACGUACUUGUUUCACUUUGAAGUACUUGAGGCUCAGGUGGCAAGGAGCAGAGCGAUUACGUCCUUGUGCUCUAGCAUUUCUGAAUCUAAAGUUAUUAAAAUGUGAUUAACUAAAUGGCUAAAUAAGCUGUAGUCAGAGUGGCAUAUGCUUUGUCUGGGAAAAGCAGUAUAGGAAAUUUCAGCCAAUUAAUGAUAGUGAUCAGUGAUUUCAGUCAAUUAAAUUGACUUUAAUUCAAUAAAGGUGGCAUUGUUUAUUCUAUUUUUGUGUUAUUUCUAUAGACACUUUCGUAGACAGAGAUAUAGAUUCGGGCAAUUGUUUGCCAGACUAGAUUCAAAUGUUUACUCAUUUUCUCAUUGCAAGAAUUC